CCUCCCGACGCUGAGGGCGCCAGAGAGCCCGAGCCAACUACUUCUUAAUGCGCAUGCGUUAGCUGUCCGGAAGCUACCGCUGUGGCUGCCGGGAGAAAGCGGAAAACCCGGAAGUAAACAUUCGCGGAUUGCCUGACUACGUCGGAUGGUUUUGGAGUGGAGGCGGCUGAAGUGUGUGAUUAGGAUGAAGUUUUGGUCGUUUCGGUGGUGAAUUCGUGCAGGCCUGCUGUAACUUCCUUCCUUCUCUCAGAGGCAGCCCCGUCAUCAUGUCGGCAGCAGCCGUGGACACAGCUAACACGGCACCCCUGUCGGGGUCCAAAGAAAUGAAUUUAGAGGAACCAAAGAAGAUGACUAGAGAGGACUGGAGAAAGAAGAAGGAGUUAGAGGAACAGCGGAAGUUGGGCAAUGCUCCUGCAGAGGUUGAUGAAGAAGGAAAAGACAUCAAUCCUCAUAUUCCUCAGUAUAUUUCUUCAGUGCCAUGGUAUAUUGAUCCAUCCAAAAGACCUACCUUAAAGCAUCAGAGACCACAGCCAGAAAAGCAGAAGCAGUUCAGCUCAUCUGGUGAAUGGUAUAAGAGAGGUGUCAAAGAGAAUUCUGUAACAACCAAGUACCGCAAGGGAGCGUGUGAAAAUUGCGGGGCCAUGACACACAAGAAGAAGGACUGCUUUGAGAGACCUAGGCGAGUUGGAGCCAAAUUUACAGGCACUAACAUAGCUCCAGAUGAACACGUCCAGCCUCAGUUGGAGUUUGACUAUGAUGGGAAGAGAGAUCGGUGGAAUGGCUACAAUCCAGAGGAACACAUGAAAAUUGUGGAGGAGUAUGCCAAAGUGGACCUGGCAAAACGAACAUUGAAAGCCCAGAAACUGCAAGAAGAAUUAGCUUCAGGAAAAUUAGUAGAACAAGCUAAUUCUCCAAAACACCAGUGGGGAGAAGAGGAACCAAACUCUCAGAUGGAGAAAGAUCAUAAUAGCGAAGAUGAGGAUGAAGAUAAGUAUGCAGAUGACAUUGACAUGCCCGGGCAGAAUUUUGACUCCAAGAGACGAAUCACUGUCAGGAAUCUCAGGAUUCGAGAAGAUAUUGCAAAAUAUUUGAGAAAUUUGGAUCCAAAUUCUGCCUAUUAUGACCCAAAAACUAGAGCAAUGAGAGAGAAUCCAUAUGCCAAUGCAGGGAAGAAUCCAGAUGAAGUGAGUUAUGCUGGAGAUAACUUCGUUAGAUACACGGGAGAUACCAUCUCGAUGGCUCAGACACAGUUGUUUGCUUGGGAAGCCUAUGACAGAGGGUCUGAAGUGCAUCUGCAGGCAGAUCCUACAAAACUAGAGCUGCUGUAUAAAUCCUUCAAAGUCAAAAAAGAAGAUUUCAAGGAACAGCAGAAAGAGAGCAUCCUGGAAAAGUACGGUGGCCAGGAACACUUGGAUGCGCCUCCUGCUGAGUUGCUCCUGGCGCAGACAGAGGAUUACGUGGAGUACUCAAGACACGGCACAGUCAUCAAAGGGCAGGAGCGGGCUGUUGCCUGCUCCAAGUAUGAGGAAGACGUGAAGAUCAACAAUCACACACAUAUCUGGGGAUCCUACUGGAAAGAAGGCAGAUGGGGAUACAGAUGCUGCCACUCAUUUUUCAAGUAUUCCUAUUGUACAGGGGAUGCGGGGAAGGAGAUUGUUAACUCAGAGGAAUGUAUUACAGAUGAUAUAACUGGAGAAGAAUGUAUGAAAAAGCCUCAAACUCUCAUGGAGAUGCACCAAGAAAAACUAAAGGAGGAGAAAAAGAAGAAGAAGAAGAAAAAGAAGAAGCACCGAAAGAGCAGCUCAGAGAGUGAUGAUGAGGAAAAGAAACAUGAAAAAUUGAAGAAGGCAUUGAAUGCUGAAGAAGCCCGCCUUCUUCAAGUCAAGGAGAUCAUGCAGAUUGAUGAGAGGAAGCGGCCUUACAACAGUGUAUAUGAAGCUCGGGAGCCCACUGAAGAGGAGAUGGAGGCCUACAGGAUGAAGCGCCAGAGGCCAGAUGACCCCAUGGCCUCUUUCCUCGGACAGUAGCGAUGAAGCACAGAGGUCAAAAUUUGUCUUCAUAUUUCUCAGCAUAGGAUGGUGCAACAUAGAGUCUAACAUCAGUGUGGGAACCACUCAGGCGGCUUCAGAGCUCAGGGGCAUCUGAGGACACCUGAGGAUGAGACCCUGCUUGUCUAGCGCAGGUGCACAGGGGCUAGUUAUAUAACUAUGACUCAAUGCAGGUAAAAGCGAGUGCGGUGCUUUCGGCACUAUGUAGGAUUGUAAGUGAGGUAACAGCCUGUACAAGAUGGAUGCACGAAAGACAGGCGGCCGUGGCUCUUGCGCUCCUGUGCUCUGCUCCGCUCCAUGCUGCCUGCUGUUAUUACUGUUGUCUUGGCACGCCUGUGUUCUUCAGCCUUCAGACCUCACCCACAAAACUCUCCCUUGGGACCCCCAAGCAGGCUGACAGUUGUUCUUUAGUAUUUUAUCUUUUGUUA